AUGGCCUCUAAUUCUAUCAAAACUGUUUUUGAAAAAUACCUUGGCCAAUCUUCCAAGCCCAUCGAAGCUUUGGAGCCGCUACUUCGCGCAGGAAAGGUACCUGAUGCCGAUGUUUGCACCCUCACGCUUCUUAGAACCAUCCUCAAGUUCGGCCAAGAUGAUAUCAAUACAUGUUCGGCUCUAUUCAAGCAACUCAACAAUGUCAACUCGGUUCAGACCCUUGCCGAGCUUCUGUUCCCACGCGACGUCUUUGCGACCAAGUUCGAUCAGGGUGGAAUUAACCCUGGCACACUCGACGCAAUUCGCAAUGGCAUCUUCGAGACGUAUCCUUUGGCUGUGAUGAGAGCUUUGUUGAAACAAAAUUCCAAGCUGUCUAUUGAGAAUGACAUCAAGGAGCUGGUCAUAUACCUCCUCGAGCAAGCUGUCUCUGGUGGCUACGAACUGAGACAGGAAGAAACCCUCAUGGGAAUGUACGAGAGGUAUGGCAAAGAAGAGCGUAGCGACACUGGCAACCUCCAGAAGAACUUUCCUGAAGCCUUGAAGGUUGUCAAGACUCUCAACGUCCUAUGCCGCCUUGCCAAGGAUCCUGAGGAUGUGCAGAUACUCUACCAAGAGAAAUACUACUCGGCUCGAGACAUCGCGACCAAGCAGGAGAAGGCGUUUGUGGACUCAACAACUAGUGCAGGCUUGAAGAGAGAGAAUGCUCUGGCUGCAUACAAUGCCGCGAAGAGAGUUGACUGCUGGAACGAGCAUCUUUGGUUGUCCGUGAUGGAGGCACGAAGAGCCGAGUUCGUGCCUGUGGAACCUCAGACCGGGGCAUCUGCCAAGACCAAGACAGACGUCGAAGCUUCGAAGUUCAUCAACAACCUCACAGACAUCUUUGAGCUCGAAGACUGGGCAUGUGAGACAUGUUGCUCCAUUACCAGUUUGUCGGCCUAUUAUGCCGAUCUUUUGGCGCUUCUCAAAAACACAAGAGCCAAGUCUUCCGAACCAACAACAAUGCUUGACGUGCUCUCUAUCAGGCGUCCUGAUCUUCAGCACCUGCAGCUUACUUGUGCAAACUCUCAAUCUCUCAUUCCAUACGCCGCUCUCACCAACGAAGUUCUCGAAUCAUACAUCCGCUUUCAAUACGAGAAGAGCAAGGGAAACGAUUGGACCAUGAUCCAGCCAUACAACACACCAGAUGAGCCCACUGAGAGUACCUCGGACGAGCACGACAACACACCUAUCGAACAGGGUGCAAACACGGAUCCAGUUGUCAACACGGAGCUCAUCCCCAACCAGAUGUUCCCGUUUCCCACUUUUCCUUACAGCAGAGCGCGGAACGACAUUGGUCAGAUCUUUAACGGCUUUGGAGUGGACGCUUCUAAAGUAGUCGAAGCUUUUACGCAUGAGGAGAGUAUCUUUCAGCGCAUCCCCGAGGGCAAUGACUAUGAUCUGUUUAUGAAGAUUAGGUCAGGUGUCAAGGAGGUCCUUUCGCGCCAAGCCGCGGCCGAGACACUUGGGUUGCUUCAGUCAGACUUCGCAGCCAUCAUGGGGCAAACCUUUCACCCGACCUGGUUUGCAGAUCUUCUCAAUGUAAUGGCAGGUGAGAGCCAUGGCUUCGUCGUCGAGUCUGGGUGCCGCUGGUCUGUUACCACGCUCUGGGGUUACGACCUCGAAGAGGUGAUGUUGGAGAUUCAGAGCGGGGAUGGCCUCUCCUUCAUCAAGGACCAGUUUCUGAAACGAAGUGGUCUGGAGUUCCAAGAUCUUAUUUGCUUGAGCAAGACUCGAAGUUUCUGCCAUGACCUGGCCAUCGCCAACAAGAAUGGAUCCAAAGUCUUUGGCACUUCGCUUGAGGAACUGCAGCUUCUAUCUGCGGCUUCCAAUCCGCCGCUCAAGCCCCUCACCAAAGAGAUUUGCUUCAACCUUCAGGCAUUUCUUCGACUCCAAGCUAAGCUAAAGUGGAGCAUUCAGAAUCUUGAUGCUGCCAUCUGCUGCCUGCGGAGCCUUGAAAUCGACAUCGAGGCCCAGGCUGGCAAGCCCAAGGUGUCGGGCUCCUUCACCAUUUCGCCUUACGUCCUCAAGGGAAUCGCCACUGUUGUUGAGUUGAGCAAGCUUGUGGACAUUGAGCCAUCCGAACUGUUGCCUCUUUGGCGGAAUAUCGACACCUUUGGACCCGAGUCUCUAAUGCACCGCAAGUUCCUCUCUCCGACGAUGAGACGAGUGUCACCCAUUUUCAACCCUCCAAGUAAUGGGCAAUACUUGACAAUCAACGGAUCAAAGGUUCUCCUGAAAGACCAAGAGGUUACCAUUUGUAUCGCCCUUCGAUGGCCAGUUGAGCAUUUCCCAAGUCUUCUCAAGGUGGCAAAACUACAGGAAGCCAGCACGGAGCUCAACCUUGACACAUUUUCAGCAGUAUACCGUCACGUUCUGUUGUGCCAGAUGCUAUCUGUAGAGCCAGAGAAUUAUUCUCGACUCCACGAAUCGCUUUCCGGGUCAAGCGAGCCGUUGGCUUCUUCCUUGGAUACUCCCAACUCUACACUCGCUACUGUGAAAAGAUGGAGGAGCCUCUUUGAGAUUGGGUGGACAUUUGAAACCCUGAACAUACUCACUGAUAGGCCAGGAGCUCCAGACAACUCGACUCCAGUCUCUGAUGACGCGUUGCCUACCUUGGCCGCCCUCAUCCAGGCGACAAAGACACUUCGCCAUACGUUUCCGUACCUGUUCACCGAAACUCCGCCAUCUCCAGCACAAGUCGUUGAGUGUGCAGCUCAUCUAUUCGACCCAUCUAAUGCCAAGUUGAUCGUCAGCUACAUUGAAGGUACCCAAGUCAAUUCAGUUUCAGUCUCGUUCGGUGAUGCCAGCGUCAAGAAUGAUGCAAUUCAGGCAUCCAGAGGAUGGCCCAAGAAGCUCGUGCUUGUGUCAGACCCCGCUAGUGGCGACACACAAGCACAGUUGACCCUUACUGGAGUACUGAACUCACAGGAGAUGGAGUCCAUUCAGGCCAUUUCUGCUGAGUCUGUGUCUUUGAAGAAGGCAAUCGAGAGCCUUGUAAAGGCAUCUUUGGCUCCCCUGGACAUCCUCUGUUCCCGUUUCGAGUCGAAUGGCCAUUUAGACGUCGACGCAAUCAACUUUUUGGCCCCAAAGAGCGACUCUUCCACAACCGCAUCAGCCGCUUUGAGCUCGGAUGAAGAGAUUCUGGAGAGUGAGCGGUUGAAGCAAGGCCGUAGGAACGCCUUCGUUCGACUCGCCGCGCCGUCCAUUGUUGAAACUCUCCUCGACAAGGUCAUCACCAACGCUAUCAAGGAAGUCGUGCCAGAUCUCAACGACUCUGUUCUUCAUGUCCUUCUUACAGAUGGCAUCGAAUUUGAGGAAGAUCAAGGAAGCUUCGAGCUGAUCAUUACUACGCUGCGGAAGCUAUGCCACACCAAUACUAGCCUGGAUCCGCCUGAUGAGCCCCUGGAUGCCUACUUCACGCCUACCGAAUCCGGCACUUUCACGUUUACCUGGGAGAAAAGAGAAGGCGCCGAAGUCAACUGGGCCAGCUUUAGUAUCGAUGAUAAGUCUUACCGCCUCGACUCAGAGCCAGCUAACGUUCCCCUCAUUGCUGGCAAGACGUAUCAUCUUGAUAGCAGCUUCACUCCCUCCGAGCUGUUUUGGUCAACUCCCAAGUCUGUGAAAUCCAACUUUGCAGAAAAUGUCUUGAUACCGGCAAGAACAGCCCGGGUGAUGAGUCUGGCUAUCGAUUAUAUCAAGCGUGCAGCCACCACCUGCCAGUUACACCAGCUCACGGUCGAGGAGAUCAGAGUGUUUUCCCGAACACCUGCCAGGGACGACAAUCUGUGUCCGAUUUUCUUUGAAAUACACGGACCGACAAUCUAUACCUCCCUAGACCUAAAGGAUUACCAGACGCUCAAAGAGGGUGUUCAGCCUAAACCAGGCAGCGGCGGUGUGUUGGAAUUGCUUACUUGGCUCUUUAACACCCAAAACUCAACGGUGGAAGGAAUAGCAUCGAAAAUCUCUGACUGCACUGGAUGGGAUCGAUUGAGGGUGCUAGAGGCUCUUCAAACCAAAUACGCAAUCUUUGACGGCCCAGGAAUGCUCUAUAGACUGAAAAAGUAUGAUUCCCUUAUGAGCCUACACCAGAUAAUGUCUCUCGAUGAGCGGAUUGGUCGCACCGUUGGUAAAGAAGCUCAACCUCGCAUCUCCACAUUGUUCCAUGUGGCUCGUUCGAGGUACAUGUGCCAGCCUAACGAGGAAGCUGAGGCUACUCGGAGACUCCGCGCAAAGUUGACACCAUCCCAGCGGGCAGCAGCUGACCAAAGCCUCAUGGACGGUCAGAGGCGUGCCUUGUCGAUGGAAAUCAAGGAUGCUGAUGGUCUAUUUGAGGAAUUCCUCAUUGAUGUCCAAAUGGGACCCCAGCUCAAGACUUCUCGCAUCAAGCAGGCCAUAUCCGUGGUCCAACUGUUUGUUCAACGAUGUCUUCUCGGAUUGGAGCAGAAAGUCUCCAAGACCAGUAUCGUGAGAGAGCAGUGGGAAUGGCGUCAGCAGUACAAUCUCUGGGAAGCUCAUGUCAAGCUGUUUAUCUACCCCGAGAACUGGGUUGAGCCCUCCCUCCGAGACGACAAGAGCCAACUGUUUGACAAGUUUGAGGCCAGCCUCAUGAAGAAGCAUCUCACCUUAGAGACCUUUGAGCGGUCUCUCAAGACUUACGUACACGGACUCAGUGAGAUCUCAAGUCUUGAGGUGCUGACGUAUGUCGUCGAGGAGCCGGAGAAAGGUACCGAGGUAUACCACUUCUUUGGUCGUACCCGUUCCGCACCUCACACCUUCUACUAUCGCACUUUGACCGUCGUCCGGCCUGAUACCACUGGAGGGAUCUGGAGACCAUGGGCCAAGAUCGAUAUCGACAUCCCAACAGUGGAAACCGAGUGGCAGGGCAAUCGUCUCGAUACUACUGGCACACACCUGAUUCCAGUCAUCAUUGGCGGCAGGUUGUACCUGUUCAUUCCUCAGAUAGUGGCUAAGACAUCCCCUCAAGGGACAGAGAAGCCGGCAGACUACGAAUCCAAGGAGUUUGGGGAGCUUGCCAAGACAAACGCUGGGUCAGUCAAGCCACAAAAGAUCUGGGAGAUCACCAUGGGAUGGUCAGAGUUCAUACAUGGUGCCUGGACCCCCAAACGAGUGGCCACGGGAAGUGUCAGGAUGGGUGCGCAUUACCCUCCUCCCAACGAGCUUCGAUUCGAGCCCCGGUUCGAGCCGGGAAUCUCCCCUGGAAAGGUGACGCUGCUCAUCGGCAGUACGCCGCCCCGUAGCCAAUGGUUUCAGAAUCCAAUCUCGGGACUCAACAAGCUGGGAGGGUUUCAAUUCUGCGAAGAUCAAAUGAUUGCCCUAUCCGAAAAAGAUGUUGAGAAUUACCUUGGCCAGUUCAGACUCUUCGAUGGCACUUUCCAACAAAUUUCUUCCAAUAAUGCAACAGCCCAAUUCGUGGACGAUACUCUCAACUAUAUGUCAAACACUAGCAACUUCGCCAAACCACUUCUGUGGCUUCCGAAAGAACUUGAAAAGUUGAAUGCCAGUGCGCCUUACCCAAAGCAAAGAAGUCUAACCACCUGGACGCUCUCAUACCGCAGUCAAAGUGACCCAUUUGCACUCGUCGUCAGCACAAAACGAAAGGAUGGAACAAAUACCACUCACUUCAACCUUCCCACGAAGCCCCUGUUUCCAACCUCCAAUUGGCGGGGAACUGGCGAUCUCGAUACUUCAAUGAAGCUUGUCGAAUUGGAUCACAGCUUCUCCCACAAGCUGAUGGAGGCUGCUUCCAGCCGCGCUGAUCCUGUGAAGCGUAUCUACAAAGUCCUCGGCGAUCGCUCUAUCAAUGAUAAACAAAGGAGAGACACAAAGUCAAUGGCAAUCACAUUUGGAGCAGAUCCGGGUGGCCAACCCGACACGCCCAGAACUCCAGGUUCUGCCACGUAUCACGAGCUUUCUCAACCCACGGCUCUGUAUAACUGGGAGAUUGGCCUACACUCUGUUCUCUUGGCUGUUGAUCGCUUCUUUGCCACUCAGCAGUUUGAUGAAGCCCUUCAAGUGGCCCGUUUGGUGUUUGAUCCCAGCUCAGAGACCUCCUUCUAUAGACAUGACAACCCCAGCAGCCCACUUUACUCGACGUUCGCAACGUCGUGUUGGAAAUUCCCUCCAUUCCAGGGCAUUGCUAUCUCCAUUCAGGAGAGGCAAAAAGUGGACAUCAAGUUGAGUGAUUUGGCCAAGGACGGCAACUUCAACCUGGCGAUAAUGGAGAGGAGAUCACAUGGAGCCCUCGUGCAUGCCACUGCAAGAGGGAGGCCCGAGGCUUACAUGAAGUGGAUCGUCAUGAAGUAUGCCGAGAUUCUGAUUGCUGCUGGAGACGCGCAUUUCCGUCAGGGUACUCUGGAGAGUCUCCCCCUUGCCAUCCAGCGUUACGUCGAGGCUGGACACAUCCUUGGACCCGAACCUCCCAAGGUCCCUAAGCUCGGCAAAAAGAAGCCCCGGACAUUCGCCAACUUAAGCCAAGAAGACGCUCAACUCGAGCUUGGACUUCCUUUCUCUUCGCAACUGAAGAAGGGAACGCAACAACAGCUAGAUGCGGAUCCCAAGGGAGAGCAAAGGGUCUGCUACCUUCGAACCACGUACUUCUGUAUACCCCUGAAUCCCAAGUUCAAGCAGCUUCGCACCCUUCUAAAUGAGCGUCUUUACAACAUUCGCAACUCGCUCGAUAUUCAAGGACGGCCAGUGACGUACGCUCUCAUUGAGCCUCUCAUUGACCCCGGCGCACUAAUGGCACCGGGCAUGGGGAUGUCUGAGGCUAUCUCCGUUGCCUUGGGUGAUCAAAGCAGUCUUCUCCCACGCCAACGAUUUGAGUUUCUCCUUCAUCGAGCUCUAGACUUGUGUAGCGAGUUGCGUUCCCUGGGAGAACGUCUUCUCGCCGCCACCGAAAGGAAGGAGAACGAGUCUUUUACUGUCCUUCGUCAGAGACACGCCGUCGCCAUUCAGAAGAUGAUGCUCGAUAUUAAGAACCUGCAGCUGAAGGAGGCACAGCAGACAAUCGACUCUCUCCUCAUCAACCGGGAGUCACAAGUUUCGCAGCUCAAGUUCUACCUUACCCUCAUCGGCGAGCCUGAGUCGAUCAUCCCCACUCCCGCAAGCAACUGGGAAGACAUCGCACAGAACAUCGAUACUCCAACCAAGGAUGAUCUGCGAAUGUCGUCUUAUGAAAAGAUGGAAAUGGAUAUGACUACUGCGGCCAGUCUUCUCAACACGGUUGCAGCUGGUAUUGACGGCUUGGUCGGUCCUCUGUGUGCCAUCCCUGAGAUUGAGACCAUAGGGGCGCCCAUGGGUGUUGGAGCAAGUGUUACCGUCGGUGGCCAAAACAUUGCCAUGAUGACUUCUGCAGGCUCAACUUAUCUCAAGAUGAUGGCCAUGAUGUCCGGGGAUGAAGCUGGUCAGGCUUCUCGCAAGGCUCAACUCGUCCGACAACUUCAGGAUCGCAGAAUGCAGGCCAAUAUUCAUGGAAGAGAGAUUAAGUCGAUCGACAAGCAGAUCGAGAUGCAGAAAAUCAGGGUCCAGUCUGCACAACACGAGAUCAAGAUGCAACAUGCCGAGAUCGAGGACGCCAUUCAAGCUGAAAAGUGGUACCGCACCAAGUACACCAACAAGCAACUAUACUCGUGGAUGGAGAAGAACCUAAGGAGUCUUUACUAUCAAGCCUACGUUCUGGCUCUCAACACUGCACGCAAAGCAGAGAGCUCCUUGUCUUUCGAGCAGGGCCGCAAGAUUUCUCUACUCCGUCCUGGUGGUUACUGGGACUCUUCUCAUGACGGAUUGCUUGCUGCAGACCAUCUUCAUCUUGACCUCAAGAGACUCGAGACGGCGCAUUAUGAUGCUCAAGAUCACGACUUUGAGGUUUCCAAGACGAUUUCCUUGAGACAGAUUGACCCCCUCGCUCUACUGUCGCUCCGUCUAAACGGCAGUGCCAGCUUCUCCCUUAACGAGUCUCUUUUUGACAUGGACUUCCCUGGUCACUACAUGCGUCGCAUCCGUUCAGUUGCGGUGUCUAUCCCAGCUGUCGUCGGUCCUCACACCAACAUCAACGCAACGCUACAGUUGACCAGCCAUCGCUACCGUAUCUCGACAUUUGCUUCAAAGGCUGCAGAGUAUAUGGCACAGGACAAGGGCUCCUUCCGGACCGAUCACAUCCCCAUCUCAGCGGUUGCCAUCAGUGGCGGCGGGGGUGAUACUGGCGUUUUUGACCUGACAUUCUCUGGACCCAAGUACAUGCCGUUUGAGGGCGCUGGUGUCAUUUCGUCCUGGCGUCUCGACCUUCCUACCGAGAUUCGCAAGUUUGACUACGAGAGCAUCAGCGAUGUUCUCAUUCAUAUCCAGUACACGGCUCAAGAAGGCGGUGCUUUGCUGCGGGCUACUGCCAACGAAACUGUGCGCGACACUGCCAAGGCUAUCAAGACUGAAGGCACACAAGAUGGCUUCUGGGCCAUGUUUGAUCUGAAGAAUGACUUUGUGAACGAGUGGUACGGGUUUAGCACCAGGCUUAUCGCUGCAAAGAAGAAUGGCAGCGAAGAAACAACGUCAAGGAUGGAGCUGGGUAAUCUCAAGGACCGAUUGCCUUUCUGGUCACGACAGCAGGCCAAGCUUGAGGUCCGCGACAUCGUCUGGGUCUCCCAGAGCAGCAAACUUGUAAACGGGCUAUCGGUUCAGGGGGUGGACAGACCUGAUGAUGGAAGCAUCAAGACGGAGACUCUGGGGAAAUGCACAACUGCGACUUGGAAGGACCUACGUAUCAAGAGCUUGGACAAGUGGGCAGUGGAGGCAUCUAAUUCUGUGCUGGAUGAGAAUGAUGAAACGGUAGAGAAUGUGUACAUGCUAAUACACUACGUGUUUCAGUGA